GGAAGGAGGAGGAGCUAGGUGAUGUCAGAGCAAGGCGGCGAGCAGGAAUGUGAAGUCCCAGGACCUUUGCGGGCCCGUGGAGCAGCCGCUGCUUCUCUGGUCGCUUCCCCCGAGUCAGUUCUCUGGGGCCCCCACUUCACUUCCACACCCCCCAUCGCCCCUGUCUGCACCUGUCGGCUGCAUUCUGGAUGGAUCGGCCCCCGGCAGGGUCUGUCUGGGGAAGGAACCUGCGUCGUCUCUGACCCCAGGCAGACAACUGGCCUCUGGGCAUUGAGUCAGUCACCCGCCUGGGCUGGCCUCCCUGGCACCUGUGGCCAAUGUCCGGAAGGAUGGAAAAGCUGCGGCUCAGAGCCAGGGUCUUAUGCUGGAAGACAUUCCAAAGUGCCUUGUGUCAGCCUACAGCUCCGACCUCCACAGCCUGGAAAGGGUGACCUGAGCCAGCUCAGUACCUCCUUUGGUCCUGUGAACUUGAUCUCCAUGGCACACCGGCUGCAGAUGCGUCUGUUGACGUGGGAUGUGAAGGAUACCCUGAUCAAGCUCCGCCGUCCUGUUGGGGAGGAAUAUGCCAGCAAGGCCCGGGCCCACGGGCUGGUGGUGGAAGCCACAGCCCUGGAACAAGCCUUUGGGCAGGCAUACAGGGUUCACAGCCACAACUUUCCCAAUUAUGGCCAGAGCCGUGGCCUCACCUCCCGUCAGUGGUGGGUGGACUUGAUCCUAAGCACCUUCCACCUGGCAGGGGUCCCAGACACCCGGGCCAUCAUUCCCAUUGCUGAUCAGCUGUACACAGACUUCAGUACCCCCUCCACCUGGCAGGUGUUGGAGGGGGUGGAGACUACCCUGAGGGGGUGCCAGAAGCGGGGUCUGAGGCUGGCCGUGAUCUCCAAUUUUGACAGACGACUAGAAGAUAUCCUAGUAGGCCUUGGCCUGCGGGAACAUUUUGAUUUUGUUUUGACUUCUGAAGCUGCUGGCUGUCCUAAGCCAGACCCUCGAAUUUUUCAUAAGGCCUUGCAACUUGCUUGUGUAGAACCUGCAGUAGCAGCUCAUGUUGGGGACAGUUACCUCUGCGAUUACCAGGGGGCUCAGGCUGUGGGCAUGCACAGCUUCCUGGUGGUAGGCCAAGAGCCUCUGGACUCCUCAGUCAGAGACUCUAUUCCCAAAGAACACACUCUGUCCUCGCUGUCCCAUCUCCUGCCUGCCCUUGACCUUCUGGAGGCCUCAAACCCUAAGUCAUGAGUCUGAUGAGGGAAGUGGCCGGGACCAAAUAAACACUGGAAACACGGA